AUGUCACCAAUUGCUUUACAUCUUAUGCCUUCAACAGAAAUUAUAGUAACCAACACACUUAUCGUUACCAAUCUUGACCGUUCAGCAUUCUUGGCUGAGAAUUUUAUGAAAAUUAAAGCGAAAUUUGAACAAUAUGGGUCAAUAUACAAAUUAAUUCCAAUCAAAUCAUUUAAUCGUAUGUUGGUGAUUUAUUUUCAAACUUUAAACGCAAAAACAGCCAAAAUUCAUUCUGAUAAAAUGAUUUUUAUGAAUAAUGUCGUUCGAGUUUAUUAUGGAUUGCAUACACCAGUUUAUGACGACGAAUCAUAUAAGUCAAAAAAUCAUCUUAAUAUACCAGAAUUAGAAAAAAAUUGGUCGACUUCACCACUAGGAUCACCACCUGUACCCGAUCCAAAAACCUUAGUAUUAACUGAUGAUUUAGCAUAUAAACUUGUAAAUAUUCAUUUAAAUAAUAGUAUUAGUAACGUUGACAAUGAUGGUAGUUAUAAUGAAAGUUUCAAUGUGACAAGUUUACGAUUUAUAUCGCCGCAGCCAUCAACAAAAAUUGAUUUAGGAGCAGAUAAUACUCAUAGGGAUGAU